AUGGGAGACCGUUUCAAUAUAAUUCCUUCGAUACACAAUUCAAAUGAGGUAUUUGCAUACACAUAUGGGCCUUUCGACGGAAUGCAAAAAGCUACUAUAAUAAGCAACACUAUAAGUUGUCAGCUAGGCGGUGGCACUUUAACUUUCUGGUAUUAUCGCACGGGUGAUUCAGCAACGCUAGAAGUGUGUGUACGUCAACCACCAGGAAGCUUGAAUAUUGCCGAUCAACGAUGCUUUCCUGUUUUCCCCAAAAAUGCUCAUCAAUGGUUAUUCAAUGCCGUUGAAUUCCCACCGCUUACUCAACCAUUUGAACUUUUGAUACGCUCAAAGUACAUUCAGCCAUUUGAUAUAAUUGCAAUCGACGAUAUCAUCUAUGAUGCCGCACUUUGUGAGAAUAUCAAUUCCCGAUCAACUGAAGGCGCUGACGGCAAAUUUAACUUUUCCGGCAAUUUAAAAGGUAAUUUUUUCGACGUUAAUGGAAUUGAUUCAGUGAACAAAAGCCUUAUUUCUUUCCUCACAAAUGGACACCGAAAGAGAUUGUUCCCGUUAUAUACUUCACCAUCAUCACGGAAAUCAGAAUCAAAAUUAACCCUGAGACGUAUCGAUAAUCAACUCAUUUCACCUUGUCUCCUCACGGAUUGCUCCUUUGACGCCGUUGACAUGUGUAAUUACAAAUCUGAUGACCAACUUCAAGAUGAUGAAGAUCUUUUGUUGGAUUUCACAAUAGAUUUACCACGGGACAGCAUUUUGAAGAAGUGGAAGCUUUCACAUCAUAAGGUUGCCAAUUCCCUCACCGGUAUAAUGCACGAUAUCAGUAGUGAUGGCUGGUUUGCAUAUGCUGGUGAAACGAAUAAUCCAGUAGCAAUAUUUAUCAUGCGAAUACCAAAAGCAAUAAAUAUACUUGAAGAAUCUCGAAUUAGUUUCUAUGUACACAUGGCCGGCAAAUAUGGCCGCUUACGAGUUUGUUUGGAUUCCCUUCGCAAAUGUCCAUUUGAAAGGACUGGACAGGCGUUGAGUGUGCAAACAAGAAAAUGGACAAAUUUUCAUAUCAACAUAUCACUUGGAUUCCACACGAUUUAUUUUGUGGCAGAUAAAUUAAAGAAGAAUUAUGUGAUUGGACUUGAUAACAUUCAAUUACUGAUUAAGCAUGGCGAAGUUUUUGCUCCAUGUGCACGAUAA